AUGGCAGCGAGUCGAAAGUCGCGGGCAACGGGCCCGCCGGCGCCAUCCACCACCCUAGUUCUCGACAAUGGCGCCAACACUAUCAAAGCCGGGUUUGUGACUGGCGACAAAACGGACGGGCCGCGCAUUAUCCCAAAUUGCCUGGCGCGAGACCGCCAUCGGAAAACGUAUGUCGGAUCCGAGCUGGAGAAAUGCAGAGACUUUGGCGAGAUAGCCUUCCGCCGUCCGGUUGAGAAGGGCUUUGUGGUGAGCUGGGAGGCGCAAAAGGAGAUAUGGGAUCGCGAAUUCUUCGACGAUAAGGCGCCCCAACGAUGUGACCCUUCCGAGACCCGCCUCGUGCUCACCGAGCAACCGAACGCGCUUCCGGCCCUGCAGACACAUUGCGACCAAAUGGUGUUUGAGGAAUUUGGUUUUGCUAGUUACUUCCGUGGCAUUGGCCCGGCCUUCAACGCAUACCAGGACCUCCAAGCCAUCUUCCACACCCCGAGGACACCAGACACUCCAGUUGACAUCCCAGCCGAGGUCAUACUCGUGAUUGACUCCGGAUAUUCCCACACCACCGUGACGCCAAUGGUGCAAGGCAGGCCACUACACCAGGCCAUCCGGAGGUUAGACGUUGGGGGCCGGUUGAUGACCAACUACCUCACGCGCCUACUGUCGGUCCGACACUUCGACAUGCGAAAUGAGACAUUUAUUGCGAAUGAAAUGAGGGAAUCUGUCUGUUAUGUCUCGUUAGAUUUCAAGGGCGACCUCGAAAAGACGUGGAAAGGGACGCGCGGCGAACGGCGAGACAAUUAUCUGAGUGGCGCCGGGAUCGCAAGGGAUUACGUUCUUCCAGAUUCACACACAACGUUCCAUGGUGUGGUUCGAGAUUACGAACCGGGCGUUUCCGCUCGUGCUCACAAGGCGGCGUUGUCGACCGAGGAUAUCCUUACACUGCGCAACGAGCGCUUCGUGGUCCCAGAACUACUGUUUAACCCCUCUGAUAUCGGCCUGCGCCAACCCGGGCUCGCAGACUUAGUCAUGCAAUCGUUGUCGGUGUUGCCCAUCGGCUUGUGGCCGGGGCUGCUCGCAAACAUUGUGGUCGUGGGAGGCAACGCCAAGUUGGAUAACUUUAUCCAACGGUUGCAAAUGGAAUUGUUGGAACGCGUGCCGGACGAGUGCGUUGUGCGGGUGGCCCGCCCCGAGGAUCCUAUUAUCAGUACCUGGGUAGGAGCCGCCAAUUUCGCCCGGCACGAGCAUGUCGAGCGAUUGGCAGUGACGAAGCAAGAAUACGAAGAACACGGAGCCGGGUGGGUUGCCCGAAAGUUCGCUGCCGGCCUUCCGGUUGAGCCUUGA